CCCACGAACGUGUAGACGACGGCGAGGAAGCGAGACGCUUUUCUGUGUUUUUUUUGUGAUAUAGUUUAAAAAAUGGCCGGUGCGAUUCCUCGGUGUUCUGUCAGGCAUCUCCAAAGGCUAUUUGGAAGCUGCUCUAUAAGUGCCCCAGUCCGCUCAGUGAAGACCUCCAGCUGCAACCGCACCGAAAAAAUUGUUAUUCCCAAUAGAAUUCCCAGGUCAUCAACUGAUAUACUUGAGGCUCUGGCAAGUACCGUGGGGAGGGAUUCUUCAGGACCCCAUUACAAGUAUCACGAUGACCCUUACCUCACUCCCGCCUCCAAUGUGGCCAAGCGGUCCUUUUCGCUCUCGAAGGAGUCAGGAAGAAAGGCUGCACGCUGGAUAAGAGACAAGCAUUCAGAUCUUUUCACACACCGGCCUGAGGAUCCAUUCAUUGAGGCAUUUUAUCCAAAGAUUUCCUUCAAUGAUGAAAGUGAUGUAAGUGAGGAUACACUAAGGGAACUGAUGCAGAAAUGUAUGGUGUCUGAUGCAAUCCAAGUAUACCAAAUCUGCAAAACAAAAGGAGUUGAGCUAAGUGACAGUGUGCAGCAGGAGCUACUGGAGUUCUUGGGGUACUAUAAUUGCGAGGAUGCCUUGGACGAGGACUGGGUGGAGGAACGCUGGUACCGACAGGGCAUCAUGUCCCGUGACCGCGUAAAGAACACAUGGAAAGAUCAUGGGUUAGCUGAGGAGCUAUUCAAGUCCCUAAGUCACCAAGGUUCUCCUGCGUACUGUGCUUUGAUUCGGGGCAUGACACGUUACUACCAGGUGGACAGAGCUUGGCAGCUGUACCAAGAAACACUAGAAAAGGGGAUCCAACUGGACACAGAAACCUACAAUUCCCUGAUUCGAGUUGCAUCUUUCAUGAGAGAAGGCUCAGACCUACGCUGGAAGUUGGUCAAGGAGAUAUUGACAGCCAUGGCAGAGGCAGGUGUGAAACCAAACCUAGGCACCCUAAAUAGCACUCUGGAGUCACUGAGCCAGAUAGCGAGCUGGAGGCAGACAAAGAACUUGAGCUUACAGGUCAUGGCUGAGUUUAACAGGCUGGGAAUCCAACCCUCACUAGCAUCCUACUACUACCUCCUCAUCAUACACUGUAGAGAACGUGGGCCCAUAAGUCAUAUUCUUGUUGAUAUCAUGAACCACAUCGCAGAUAAAGAGUUCAGCAUCCAGGACCCCAAAGAUACGUUUUUCUUUGUCACUGCAAUGGAUAUCUGUCGGAACCACCUGCAAAGCAAGGAGCUAGCCAGGCGUGUAGAUGACCUCCUGCACACAGGAAACAACUACAUGCUGAUUGGAGACUCCUACAAGGAAUCUAUUUAUUACCGUCACUACUUUGCACUCUCAUGCAGCACGGAUACUGUAGACCAGUUAAUGGAACUUUAUAAUGAAUUGGUACCUCAUAUUUAUACCCCAGAACCUGGUGUUAUGGAGGAACUCCUAAAGGCACUGAGAGUUCAUGAGGCACUGGAGUACCUACCCCAGCUGUGGUCAGACAUGAUUGUUUUUGACCACACUUCAAGAGAGAAAUUGCUCAUGGCUGUGCUCUCUGCUAUGACUUGCCACCAACCCUCGGAGGACAACACUAAACUCACCCAGCAGCUGGCAACAAUUGCAUGGGAUUUAUGGACAAGGGUGCAGCGAAUGGAGGAAGACCGAAGGAAUAAGAUAACUUGGUCUGGUCCUAUGAUUGGGGAUUUGCUGACUACACUGGUCAGGUGCGGAGAGUACAGCAAGGGUGUGGAGGUGAUGCAGAAAAUUAGUGCUGAUCCGCACAUUGUACUUGGCUCUGCAACUGUGGACUCUCUUCAGACCCUUCUUGAUGCAGCAGUUAGGAACAAUGAAGCCAACACAGGGGUGAUGGUAGUGGUCUAUGCUGUUGAUGCAGGACAUCAAGAGGCCGCGGACAUGGCCAAAAAACUUGGGUCGAGUCUUGCCCUCAGUGCAGAACAUCGUGCCAAGUUAACGUCUGUGUUGGGGAUCGAUAUUAUUGCAGAUUUGAAGGAAAAGGAGAUUUCUUAAUCCUAGUUAUGGGGAUAUUUAGAAUUCAUGUGUGGCGUAGUCUCUGUAACCAAUAAACGUACCCAUAAAAAUUUGUACUUGAGGUAGUGCAUGCUGAAAUAUAAAGUCAAAUUCAUUCUUGCCUCUUUGGAAGGGAAAUACAAUAGUAAAUGAAUUGAGUCAUAUUAUAACUCACACUGAAUGAAUUCACAAGCAUUUAUUGAAAACACAUUCCUGUUUGAGGCUUGUUAGAGAACAACAUAAGAGUUUUAGGAUGGUGGAGAAAUGAUGGUGCAGUCCAUGUUUAGCUGGAUAAAUGUAGAUAUCAUAAUUAUGCAAAUGAAUUUUUUUCUAUCCUGUUUUGGACAGUUGUAAAUAUUGUUAAUAAAGCUUUUGAAUGUA